GUCUUAGUCGAGAUUUUAUUUUCUUCGGGUUUUGACGUGCUGUUCGGAUGACGGUAUUUGUUUUCUUUAGUUUGAUAAUCAAGGGCUGCAAAUUAAAAGCUUAAUAAAAAUAUUAAACGUUACGGAUAUUCAAUUAAAAUAAACAUAUGUAAGGAGUUGCUAAGAUUCGUUAAGAUAUACCAUGAAGUGAAUCGCAGGAAAUUUGACUAUAUUGAAAGUUAUUUGGAAGAAAUGUGUGUGUGUGUGAAUAAAAGAUCAUCGUGUAAAAAUGAUCUCAGCGAUCUCAGCAAAGCAAAAUUAAUACAACAAAAAGUCAAUAUGGCCGCCACUUGUUUGAUGUUGGUGGUGUUUUAACGUUAUAAGAUUGUAACAAUAAUAAUAAAUCGAAAAGAAGGAAGUAAAUAGUGCUCAAGUGUGAAACUUUGGCUGCAAGAAACCAAUAAUUCAGCAGCCGCACAAAUAAUGUGAAAUUUUAAUUCCCGACCAUUGUCGUUAUUAAGAAUAAUCGAAGGGCAAGAAUUGACCAAUAUUAGGCCACCAGACCUAUGGAAGACCCAUCAAUCACUAAGAGGUUGAUUGAUUUUGGUGCUGACGAACAUGAUUAUGACGAAGUUCAAGACUUGCCUGAAGAAUCAACAGCCAAUAAUCAAUCAUUGCCCUCUUCUUAUAAUAAUAACUCUGUUCCUCUAUCUGAAUGUCAAGCUGCAACCAGAGAUACAGAAGCGCCUAACAGGAACAACAAUAGCACUGUGCCCGAAUUGCCGUUACCAAAACAAUCCAAAAGUGCAUUAAAUAACACGAAGCCCGGCAAAACGAAAUCGGCAAAAGUUUCCAAGUCGAAAAUUCCGAGAUCACCGUCCUUAGCAAGUGCCUUAGGCUACAACAAUUUUCAGCCACCGCCAAUUUCGGGAAUACCUCCUCAAACUCCACCUCUUCCAUUGGCUUAUCAAAACAAAGGAAAGGCGCUGAAUUCCCCAACUACACCACUGGACAAUAAUAAUGCUCACUUUUUCGGUAGUAGUCACACCAGCUUAAUGGCGGGAGGAAAUAGUGCGAACAGUGGAGGUUCUAUUGGUCUCUCUACCUCUAACGGUAGUGGUCAACGCAACAGCCUCAAUAUGGCUGCCAAUUCACGACGUUCUCAGAUACAAGUAUCGUCACCCGUGCCUGGGGAUUCAUCUAAAAAUUUCCAAUUUCUAACAUUGACAGUGAGAAAGGACGAGAAUGGAUACGGAAUGAAGGUUUCCGGUGAUAAUCCAGUGUUCGUUGAAAGCGUUAAACCAGGGGGCGCUGCCCAAGUCGCUGGUCUAGUGGCAGGUGAUAUGAUCCUUAAGGUUAAUGGCACAGAAGUCCGUUCUGAAAAACACCCAACCGUCGUUAGCUUGAUCAAAGCCUCUACGAUUGUUGAAUUAGCCGUUAAACGCAGUCAAAAAAUGGCUCGACCUACGUCGGUGGGUGUUGUGCCCUCCACACCAGUCCUAGGAAGGGAUCGCACGGCAUCUAUAACAGGACCCCAACCGGUUGAUAGUAUCAAACGCCGUGAAAUGGAAACAUAUAAAAUCAAAACAUUACAAAAAAUGUUGGAACAGGAGCUAUUGAACUUGGAGCGUUUAAAGGGGGAUACUAACAAUUCGGGCUAUAAGACAUCUGAAGCAAAUAUAAAAACAUUGCGGGAACAGUUGCGAUCUGCAGGAGCUGAGGACACACCACCAAUUAAGUUACAAGCUAUGGCGAGCAAUAACGGUAAAAGUGUAGGUUUAAUGUCGCCAAAUCAGUUCCAUCACUUGUCUACGUCUUCCUCCAAUCAGUCAACUUCACCACAAUUUUCUACACAUCUUAACCCACAUCAUUCCCAAAAUCACAACAACCAAGCCACAACACCACAAGCAUCACAAUCAUCACCAGCAUUUCUGUCGUUGUUACCGCGUUCGUUGUCGUCUCUAUCGUUGGGCGGUCGUAGAAAUAAAACUGACAAAGACUCAAUAGCCGCUCCUCUAAAUAACACUACGGAUUUCUUGCAUACAACCUCCUCUUUCAUGGACGCUGUUUCGCCCACGGGCCUGGGUAAUAUGGCUUCCUCCUCCGGGUCACCAUUGAAUAUGUCACAGUCCCUGCACAACCCACAACAGAUGCAACAGCAGCGAAAUUCGGCUCAGCAACUCUUUCAUUUGCAUCAGCAACAUUUACAGCACCAAUCCAGCAAAGGUUCCUCCAAAGCAACCAAGGGAAAAAAUAAAUACUCUUCCCAGUCGAAAAAUGUGAUAGAAGAGGACGACAUUCCUCCACCUCUGCCUCAGAGGAAUCCGACACGACAAAUAAAUUUGGAUGCUUCGAAUAAUAACUGUGGGAACCACAGUUUUUCGCCUAUUUCCGAUCUGGACAAUGCCGGAGGGGGUGGUGCGAACUCGCCUAUAAGGCAAUCACCCCAGCCGCCUCUGGGGUCGGGCCACAACUCUCCACAGAAUGCAGGCAACAAAUUCAAACGCUCCAAGACAAAGACCAAGGCCCUGUCCGAUCCAAAAAUGUCAACACAAAUAUUUCUUCAAAUGGAAAGCGCCGGUUCUCACAAUUCGCCCAACGACGACAGUCAAUUGGACGAAUUACCUCCGCCGCUACCACCCCGACAGCCGGGUAUGCUCGAAGAUCCCCAGCAAUCAGUUCAUCGUGGAAGCAAUCAAAACCUGUCCAGUGUCAGGCCUUCGCCGAAUAGUGUUGAUACUUUAUUGCAGUAUCCACUUGUUUCGACAUGUACGCCAGUUCAUCGCGAUAAUAUGUCCGCUGCAUUCCCUCUCUCGCAGAGACCCAACAUCGUUCAACAAUUGCAACAGCAUCAGCAACACCAACAAAUGCAUAUCACUGCAAGUGGCGGCGCCAAUGUAGCUGUUUUGGGCCAGACUCCGCAGAAUGUCAAUAAUAUGAGCAAGCAUAGACGAGUGGUGUCAUCACCGGAAAAUAUGCACCCAAGGCACCCGGAUCGCCAUAUAAAGACUAAUUCGGGCUCAUGGGAACUAAUUGAAAAAGAUGACGAAGUUACACCGCCAGGCACACCUCCACCACCUUAUAGACAUGCACAUUCCGCCAGCUUAUCCGGCAAUGAGGACAACCUUCAUGAACAUGGUGGUGCAUCGACAAGUGGAAUUUGCAUUGAAUCUCAUCAAUUUACCCCUCUGGGUGUGGCGAUUUCACCACCACCUUUACCACAUUCCAGUCGUAUACACGCGGCACAGACAAGUUGUACCCAGAAGGAAAUCAUGUCGAUGGAAGAUGAGGAUGCCUCCGACCAAGAGGGUCCAUUCAUUGACGAGAAUGGUCCCUUCAAUUCGUUGCCACGGCUAUUGGAGGGCUCAAACGUUGCAUUUUUGGCAGUAUUUUUAAAUUAUGUUCUGUCCAACUCGGAACCGGCGCCGUUGCUAUUUUAUCUCAUUACUGGCCUUUAUAAGGAGGGUACUGCAAAGGACAUGCGCAAAUGGGUGUAUGAAAUUCACUCAACCUUUUUGGUGCCCCGUGCUCCUUUGUCGUGGUAUCGCCAAGACGAGAUGCUGGCACGUGAAGUGGAUGCCGUUCUCCAGAACGAGUUCGACAAAGUAGAAAUUCUAAGAAAAGUUUUUUGGAAAAGCCGCAAGAAAGCCAGAGACGUCAUCUGUGAGCAACUUAGAGAGUUUCAACAAAAGCGGACCGCCGGCUUGGGAACCAUAUACGGGCCAACAGACGCCCAACUGACGGAGGCCAAGGGCGACAAGCAACGAGAACAACAAAUUUUCGAAGACACCCUGAUGAAAAAAUUGCAGAUUAUAAUUGACGAGUACGAAAAAGAUCUUCCAGCCGAAGAUCCGAAGAAGCUGGCUCUCUGUUCCGCUUUAUCGACAGUUAUACAUCGGAUAUUCAUAACACGAUCCCAUCCUAAUAGUAUAAUAGACCGGGUUCAUCACUUCGUUAGUCGCGAGAAAAGUUUCAAAUCACGUUUAAUGGGCAAAAAAGGAAAGAUGAUUGUCCGUGGUCAUCCAUUAGUAUUGAGGCAAUACUAUGAGGUGACCCACUGCAAUCAUUGCCAGACGAUAAUUUGGGGCGUUAGUCCACAAGGCUUCCAUUGUACAGACUGUAAAUUAAAUAUUCACCGUCCUUGUUCGAAAAUAUUAGAGGAAAAUUGCCCAGGUCCAUUACCACAGGCGAAGCGAAAAGAUAAAGAUCUGAACAACGACAGUAAAAUUAGUAAACUAAUCAUGGGAAAAAUUCGUCCAAAAACGUCAGUCGACGCAAGUGGAGACAAACGUCAACGACAGGAUCCCGAUGAUUUCGAUCCCCAAUUGGAUUUUACACAUGAACGCUUGAACUCCACGUCAAUUCAAAGACAGCCUUCAGACCGCAGGACGGAUGCCACAAAUAUUUCCAUUCGAUCCAAUGGGAAUACAUCAGCCCACUUGAAUGUUAGCGACCUACAGUCUUCAUUUAAUGCUGGCGACUUAAGCUUGGGCGCUGUCGGAGGCUCGGCAGGACUCGCUUCGAGCACAGAUGUUGGUCAAACAGCCAUUGGAGCCGUGUCCACAAGUGGCGCUGCUGGAGUUGCGUCCUCAGCUGGUACAUCGGGUGCCUUAUCCGCUCUCAACAGUGUGAAUGCGCAGGACGCAAAUGAGAGCAACAUAUUACGUAGGGAACGUUUACAACAACAGCAUAACCAAAACAAAAGUGCCCCUGUCUCUGUCAAUCGUUCAGAAUCGUAUAAAGAACGACUAUCGCACAAAAGAAACCGAAGCCAGCGCAAGACUUCGGAUCCCAAUUUGACUUCGAAACCAAACGAUGAUCAACCCGACUUGGGUCUUUCCAAUGCAAACUUUACGACAAGCUCAAAUUCUAGUCUUUCGUCGGGAGGUGGGUCUGACAGCCCGUCCACUUCGAUGGAACAAAUGGGUGGCGUCGGAGCCAACAUAUCAGCCAGUGGCGCUAUGCCCAUGCACCAGCAUCACCCACAUCAUCAGCACAGCCAUCAGGAUUCAUUCCAUGGCAGUAUUGGUGGUUCAUCCAACACUAGUUUCCUGGGUGGAUCAGUGGCGGGAAGUCAGAUGACUCGACACUGGAACGUGGACAGUGACGAGGAGGACGAUCUUAUAAAUGAGUCGGACUGGAGUUCAAACGUGGCCGCAGAAGUACUAGCGGCUCUUACAGAUGCAGAAAAAAAGCGACAGGAGAUUAUUAAUGAAAUUUACCAGACUGAACGGAGCCACGUUCGCACAUUGAAGCUUUUGGAGGUCCUAUUCUUUUAUCCGCUGAAGGAAAGCAAUUUGCUUUCACAGGACGAUUUAGUGCUCCUCUUUCCGCCAUCCUUGCUUUCCCUUUGCAAUCUCCACGGGGCGUUCGAGCAGAAAAUCAAACAGAGACGAAUUGACCACUCGUACAUUGUAAAUAAUAUUGGUGACAUUCUGGCUGGCAUGUUCGAUGGCAUAUCGGGGGAAGAGUUGCGAGAGUACGCUGCCCAAUUCUGUGCCCGUCAACAAAUAGCUUUAGAAGCCCUCAAGGAAAAGCGUCGCAAGAAUGAGCAGUUACAAAAAUUACUAUCGACGGCCGAAUCGCACAAAGCCUGUCGUCGUCUGCAAUUGAAAGAUUUGCUGCCCACGGUUCUGCAGAGACUUACCAAAUAUCCGCUGCUCUUCGAAAAUCUGUACAAAGUGACGGUUCGUGUAAUGCCCGAGGACACAAUGGAGGCUGAGGCCAUUCAGAGAGCUUUGGAGUCAUCAAAGAAAAUUUUGGUGGACGUAAAUCAGGCGGUCAAAACUGCUGAAGAUGCUCACAAAUUACAAAAUAUCCAGCGCAAAUUAGACAAAUCAACAUUUGACAAAGACGAAUUUAAGAAUCUGGAUUUAACUCAGUAUCGCUUGAUUCACGAUGGCAGUUUGACAAUGAAGAAGAAUCCCAGCAUACAAUUGCAUGGCUUGUUAUUUGAGACAAUGAUAGUGCUGCUAACGAAACAGGACGACAAGUAUUCUUUGAAAUAUUUACAUGCAACACGAAGUCCAGACGUGAAUAACAAACCGGUCAGUCCCAUAAUGAGCAUUGAUUCGGAAACAUUGGUGCGUCAAGAAGCAGCCGAUAAGAACUCCUUCUUCCUCAUUAAGACCAAAACAUCACAAAUGUUAGAACUGAGAGCACCGAGUAGCUCAGAGUGCAAAACGUGGUUCAAGCAUAUUUCGGACGCAGCCGAACAAUACAAGCCCCGUUCAAAGAAUGCCAACCAGGAACCAGUUGAUGACCCUGCUAUUGCAACGUUGCCGCAUUCCAACACACGCGAGUCCUUAGAGCUUACUCCUGAACGGCCGCCACCAUUUUCGGCCACCGCAACUGUUGUAACAACGCCGCUGGCACCCAUGAUGCCUGUUCCAGGUUCGGCCGGCGAUAGGAUCUCCAUAACCGGGCAGAACAACGACGUUCAGUUGCGAAACGGCCGGCGAGAUAGUACUCCACUAGGUAACAGUGCGUCGACGAGUGACUCUUGUCCGCCAUAUUACAAUAUCAAGCAGAGAUUGAGUCACAAUGAAUUGUCGACCAAUGGCAAUGCAGUCAAUCGCACAAUGUCAACACGUAGCUGUGGCGAUGCCAACCAUAACUACAGCAACACUGGGGAAAUGCCGGGAGCGAAUGGCGUAACUUUACGACAUACGCAAUCUGCAAGACAGGCUAAUGGUUCGCCAGAUGAGAGUAAUGCUGGAGCUACUGGCAAUAAGAGAGACAGUGCAAGUAUUGUUUAUUCUAAUAAUUCCAACAAUACCCGGACUCUUAUGCAGUCGUCGCCGCCCCUAGUGGAACCAACGGCAAUACAAAUCAGUAUAAGUCCAGCGCACACAGCGGAACCGGUGCUAACGUCGGCCGAGAAGCUCAGACGGCUGGAUGCUAGUAUACGGGAUGGUUUGCUGGAAAAACAGAAAAUCAUAUGUGAUAUGUUCCGCAUACCGGUCGAGCAUUUCCAUGAGAUUGUAGACAUAGCUGCUAUGCCAGAGGCGCCUAAGGACAGCACUGACAUUGCGUUGGCCGCAUACGCCCAAGUGCAGUCGCUGGCGGAAGUCUUGAAUGAGUACAUGAAGGUGACACCCGAGCAGGAAGUGUCAGCAGUGUCGACUGCUAUAUGCGACAAAUGUCACGAGAGACAACAACCAAAUCGACCCCCCAGACCCCCGUGUUUGAGCAAGCCAAUUUCCAGCUCGGAUGUUCCUCCGCCAUUGCCGCCACCCAAUAAACAAACGGCUCAGGCUCAGCAGCAAACACCGGCGCCUCUGGUCACCAAAAUUCAGAUGUGUGCCUUGGAAGAGACCAACAUACACGAAGAUGACGAUGGAUAUUGCGAAAUAGAUGAAUUGCGUUUACCAGCCUUACCUCCGUUAACAAAGACAACAACAGCAACAGCAGUGACGACACCUCCAUCAAACGCUCCUAUUUCCAAGACGACCACUGCAGCUAAAAAGGGAUCACCGCCGCCGCCGCUACCACCACCAGCUAGCAGUUGUAAGGCUCCACCGCCUCCGCCUCCGCCACCGCCACCCCCGCCCCCUAAAACUAUUGUUGCAGAAACUAUCAAUGCCGAGGCUAUCGCAAAUGCAUCUACAGAAUUAAAAAAACGCCAGAGUACGGUAAGCGCUGACAGCAUUCCGGAAGAGUCUGUCGAUGAAGUAACACAUGCGCUUAAAGAUCGACUGGAGAAUGAAAAACCUAACGAAAAGCCGGAAAAACAACCAGCCCUUGGGGAUGACCUAAAUAUUGGUGUAGAGCCAGAGGACCAGGAACACAUGGAAGACGACCAAGUCCAUGCUGCAGAAGAGCCCCAGAGCAGUGUUGAUUCCAAUGCUCCCCUGGCCACCAUAGACGACGAAGAGGAUAAGGAUGACGAUUCGGCAAUGCACACAGCCGAAUGUGAAAGUAUAUCCGUGUGUGAAAAUUUGCUAAAACACUCGGAGAGCAACGUGAAGGACAUCAUCACUGAACCAGAAGAAUCAUCUGUGAACGCUGAACCCCAAAGACAAAACAGCAAUGCCACACAGGCAGAUGACAUUUCCCUGAAUAGCGAGCCCAUUGAAGUUAAUGAUGCCUCUGCACAAGUACUGCUUGACGCCGACACAACAAAAGAGAACUUGUCACCAUCCAGAGUCGAUAGCUCCACACAAACAAUGCCACUGGCUGUUUUCCCAGCCGCCAGCAAUAUGAUUCUUCCCAUAACCGGAGUUUCUGCUGGCGCUAUUGGCGCUGUUGUCGAUGGCCAUCUGCCAACAUUAUGUGGACCGAAUCGCAUUCAACACGCCAAUUCUCUAGAAUCAAGUGUACCUUGCUAUGCUUUAAGCAGUAUUGUUAGUUCCCUGAACGCUCAAAUUUCUCUAUUGUUGCCGAAAAUUAAUGAACGGGAUAUGGAACGGGAGCGCCUAAGAAAAGAAAAUCAACAUUUGCGCGAGCUACUUAAUGCGAUGCAUGAGCGACAGAGAGUUGAAUCAAAACUGGAAACUCCAACCGACGGAACAAUAGGUGCAGAUUUGCUCGAUAACGAAACGGUUGUCCCCUCGCCGACAACACCGACACCCAUUAGCGGGGAAGGUGUAGAAGAAGAGCCUCCAGAAAAUAUAACAGCAAUAACCACCACAAACACAUGCGCAACCGAGGCGCAAAACUAAGAACUGGCGUAUACACGAUGAACACGCCCAAUCAGACUAGCGUUAAAACAUCAAAUACAACAGACAUUAUUUUUGAUAUAGAACCACCUGCCAAUAGAAUUGGCCUAAACCCCACUAGGAAACAUAGAUGUAAACCCGUAUAUGUAUUAAACUCUCCCAACACGGAAACUUUAAAUUAAAAAAAAGAAUUACACAAAAACACACUAGCUAUUAGCUAUACCACACUUCUUUUGCCCCCACUAGUUGUCUCCCUCUUUAUGUUAAUAUUCUCCCCCUCUUUCCCUCACCGUAAUUACGACUAAGCAUAUAGAAUACUAUAAUAUAAUUUUAUAUCCAUAUAUAUAUAUGUCUCCAACCUAUAUAUACAAACACACACACACACACUCAAUGUAACAAAUAAAUAUACAAAUUACAUGCAA